CCCACCCCCACCACUGGACCGGGACGGACAGUGACGGUACGGCGCGCCACCAUGCCGCGUCUGUAUAUAGGCAAGCCCGAAGCGCGACCGGGAUCGCGAGCGGUCAGUCUGGUCAACAGACUGCCGUCAAGAGGACGUCCCGAAGCCACGCCAACAUGAUGAAGGCAGCCGUCUUGCUGCUCGUGGGGCUGGCGGGCCUCGCCGCCGCCGUCAACCACCACCCCCUGUCCGAUGAGGCCAUCGCCCACAUCAACAGCCUGAAGCCCAAGUGGACGGCCGGGCGCAACUUCGCCCCCGACGUGAGCAUGGACUACAUCAAGGGCCUGCUCGGCGUGCACCCCGACUCCAAGAACUUCCGCCUCCCCGAGCUGGAGCAGCCCGAGGGCCUCGUCGGCGCCGACGCCUCCGACCUGCCCGAGAGCUUCGACGCCCGUGAGCAGUGGCCCAACUGCCCCACCAUCGGGGAGGUCCGGGACCAGGGCUCCUGUGGCUCCUGCUGGGCGUUCGCCGCCGUGGAGGCCAUGUCCGACCGUGUCUGCAUCGCCUCCAAGGGCAAGACCAACGUGCACUUCUCCGCCGAGGACCUCGUGUCCUGCUGCCACAUCUGCGGCUUCGGCUGCAACGGCGGCUUCCCCGGCAUGGCCUGGAAGUACUGGGUGCACUGGGGCAUCGUCUCCGGAGGCAACUACAACGACAACCAGGGCUGCAUCGACUACAAGAUCGCCCCCUGCGAGCACCACGUCUCCGGCAGCAGGCCCGAGUGCAAGGAGGGCGGCGGCACCCCCAAGUGCGAGCAGAAGUGCCGCGCGGGCUACGGCAUCCCCUACAAGAAGGACCGCAAGUACGGCAAGAAGGCCUACUCCAUCAGCUCCAAGCCCGAGGCCAUCAUGAGGGAGAUCAUGACCAACGGACCCGUCGAGAUCGCCAUGACCGUCUACUCGGACAUGCUCAACUACAAGGACGGCGUGUACCACCACGUGACCGGCGAGGCCCUGGGCGGCCACGCCGUGCGCAUGCUGGGCUGGGGCGUCGAGAACGGCACGCCCUACUGGCUGCUGGCCAACUCCUGGAACACCGACUGGGGCAACAACGGCUUCUUCAAGAUCCAGCGCGGCAACGACGAGUGCGGCGUCGAGAGCUCGGUGGUCGCCGGCCUGCCCAAGGUGUAGGGCAGUGCGGUCGCAGCGUCGCAGCCCGGGCGGCAGCCCCUCCACGAGGGACUCCCGCCCACACUCAAUUUAGGGGGACCGCUUCCCGGGCGACGUGCAUCGCCCGGGAAGCGCACGCCGCCAGUUCCUGAAAUAUUGUCAUCGAAAUUAAAGUCUCAAAAAUGUCGCA